CAACUCCCAAAAGCCCAACAGCUCGUAUUAGGUUGACGUGUAUGUGUUCGUACUGUCGGCGCAGAAACUGAAUGAACAUCUCAUGUACAGUUAUCCAUAACAUAUUGUGUUGGAGACAUGGCGGGAGAAAUGUCCAUAAUAGGUUCUGUCAUCCUGGCUUUAUUCCUAGCAGGAUAUCUGGGACAGCAAUACCUGCCUCCUCCGAAGCCCAGGGUCAUUGGGUUAGAUCUUGGGACUACGUUCUGCUCAGUGGGAGUGUUUCACCCCGGCACAGGCGAUAUUGAGGUUAUUGAAGAUGACAAAGGUCGCAAAAGCAUCCCGAGUGUGGUGUCGUUCACCCCUACCGGCGUGUUUUCUGGACAUGAGGCCCAGGAAUUGUCUGACACAAAUCCUCAAAACACAAUCUACGAUGCCAAGAGAUUUAUAGGGAAGAUUUUUGACCAAGAGACUUUAGAGAGAGAGAGUGCACGAUACCCGUUUAAGGUGAUAUUCAACAAUGGGAGUGCAGAAUUCUUAGUCUCUACAAACAGCACCUUUACAGUUACUCCGGAAUUCAUCGGAUCCCGUCUCCUCCUCAAAAUGAGAAAGAUGGCGGAGAAGCAACUGGGAGUUCCUAUUAAUAAAGCCAUCAUAUCAGUACCGGCAGAGUUUGAUGAGAGGCAAAGAAACUACACCAUCAGAGCUGCUAACCUAGCUGGGCUGGACAUUCUGCGGGUGAUCAACGAGCCCACGGCGGCAGCGAUGGCCUAUGGACUGCAUAAGGCAGAAGUGUUUAAUGUGCUAGUGGUGGAUCUUGGAGGAGGAACACUAGAUGUGUCACUUCUCAAUAAGCAGGGUGGCAUGUUCCUCACCAGAGCAAUGGCAGGUAAUAACAAGCUUGGAGGGCAGGACUUCACCCAGCGUUUGUUGCAGUUCUCCAUGGAGCGAGUGCGGCAGCAGUACGGCGUGCCCCCUACUCUUAAAGAAGACAUCCACCUUCUCCGACAGGCUGUCGAGGCCGCCAAACUCAACCUCACCCAGGACUCUGAAGUUCAUCUCCGAGUUCCUCUUCACCUGCAGACAACAGGAGAGAAUGGAGCACGAGAGGAAAAAGUCCUAUUUCAGGAGAAGCUGACGCGGGAACUCUUCGAGGAGCUCAAUGCGGAUCUCUUCCAGAAGAUUCUGGCACCCAUUGAGACCGUCCUCAUAGAGGGCCAUCUAGAGAAAGAGGAGGUGGACGAGAUUGUUCUGGUCGGAGGAUCCACGAGGAUCCCCCGCAUUAGACAGCUCAUCAGUCAGUACUUUGGGAAGGACCCGAACACCUCCGUGGACCCUGACCUGGCCGUGGUGACCGGGGUGGCUAUUCAGGCAGGCAUCAUGGGCGGCUCUUGGCCUCUCCAGGUCAGCGCAAUUGAAAUUCCCAACAGGCACCUUCGCAAGACCAACUUCAGCUGAUUGGUUGAGAGACUUGAACUGCUGCUUGGGCAUUUGUCACGUGACUGAUCUGUGCCAACAAGCCAAAAUUUGGUUAAACGACAUGUUUAAUGUCUUUGCUUCCUCAAAUGCAUUAGCUUUGCAAUGAAUCGGGCCAAACGCAAUGGUUACUAGACCAUUUGUUCUUAAUGUCUGGAGUUGUUUUCCCAAAUUACAAUUUGUAUGUUUAUCUUCUGAACAGAUGCAGAGUAUUUAUUUAGAUCUUCAUUAUAUAAAUAGCAUUGAGAGAAUGUUUUUCUUCUGUUAUCCCGAGCAAGUGUCUGCUUGGGACAAUAUCGGUUAGUUUGUUGCCAUCUGUGUGCCUAACUGGUACUAACUGUGCAAUAAGUCUUUUACAACUGGUUUUGGCAGGUUUAAUGAUGUUGUAUUCAGGGAAGCAGCUGUUUGUAUAUAACUGAACAAUCAUUCCAGUCUCAGCUAUUUAUUUAUUUAUUUAUUUUGCAGAGGCUAGCUAUCUUAACAGCUAGCACUUUCUGUCUACUGGAGUUUUGCUUGUGCCUUUUUAUUAUUUCCACAUUUAAAUGUGUUUGAUAGACUAAGCAUAGUCUGAUUAUUUUAUUUUAAAAGACUUGUCUUUUUAUGCAAGUUUUUGUUUUUCUAAUAGAGUUAAAUAUUAGUGUAGUAAACGUAACUGCCAACUGUUAAAUACAAAUCAUCUAAAAUGUACCAGCAUGACCAAUGUGGUAUUAAGUUCAAGAAAUAUUCAAACUGAAACUUUUUACAAUUUAAGUGAAUUAAAAGAUUUAGAUUAAAAUAUA